CCUUUUCCUAUUUUUAUUUUACGUCUCUUCUUAGUUUUGAUCAUAUUCCUGAAAGGGCUGUCCCAAGGACUAAUCCUGGUUGGGACUUGUAGUGGGGGCGCGUGGUGCUUGUUGCGCACGAGCCUCGACGCACGGCCUCACUUCGAAAUCGACAUGCACGCGCCACACUCCUUCUGUCGAUAACACCGCGUGUGUGGCACCACCUCUGUCCAGCCUCGCCAUCCCGCCAAGCACGACAAGCUUGGCCGUGACGGCAAGCAAGGCCCGACGACGACAACGACGCCCGCCCGCCCGCACUCGCCCCAAUCAUGCUCGAAUGAUAACCCGACGCUCCUCCGGCUAGUCUCUGCCUCGCAAGGUAGUCGCCGACCAUGGUCGUCCAGCAGCACAUCCUCAACUGGCUGUAUAGCGUCCUCACAAGCGAGUAUCACGAUGUGAACAGAACCUACAAUGACGUCGCCCAGGCGCUCUCAAUGUACCCCUCGCUAUCCCCGCGGACCGACGUCCACACCUUCCCCAAUGGCGUCUCGGCCCUUCUCCUCCACCUCUCGGGCACCAUCCCCGUCGUCUUCCGAGGCACGACAUACCGGUUCCCCAUCUCGCUAUGGGUCCCCCACGCCUAUCCCCGCGAGGCUCCCCUAGUCUAUGUGACCCCGACUGAGAACAUGGUCGUCCGCCCGGGGCAGCACGUUGAUCCCCAAGGCCAGGUCUACCACCCUUACCUGGUUGGCUGGGCCGGGUUCUGGGAUAAGUCGACAAUCCUCGAUUUCUUGGCCAUCCUCCGCGAUGUCUUCGCCAAGGAGCCUCCCGUUAUCGCAAAACAGCAGCAGCCUGGUCCCGCGCCAGCCCAGCGACCAGCAGCGACGCCGCCCCCUGUCCCCCCUCUGCCGCCAGACAUGGCUCGGCCAGCUUCGGCGGCCCAGACACACGUCCACACUCCCGCUCCCGCCGAGCAGAGGCCUCCGCCCCCUCCGCCUAAAGGCGAUGAUCCUCCCAUACAUCGGCCGUCUCCUGUCCCUCCGCAGUCUCGGUCCGUCGCCCCUCCCGUACCGCCCUACGGCGCCCAAGACCACCGCCCUUUGAGUCAGGCAGGAACCCCUGAGGCUGCAGCCAUGCAACCUCCUCCGGGCAACAGGGUGUCGAGAUACGAUUCGGCACCGCCCCUCCCGCCGCAAUCAGAUUACGCCAGCAGUCGUGCCAGUCAAGCCGGCCCUCCGCCUCCGACACACCCUCCAUAUCGGCAUCCACAGUCUCCACCGGAACAACUCCAGCGCCAGAUGACACCGGCAGCGGCUGCGCAAGUGCGAGAAUCGUUCCAUCCAACUGAUCCCCGCCAUGCUUCCUCUCUGCCACCACAGCAUGCUGCGCAGGGCGCGCCACCACCUGGACAGUCACAUUUGGGCUGGCAGCAGCAGCCACCGCACCCCCCUCAGCAAUAUGGCGGUUACCAGCAAGCCUGGCCGCCUCAGCAGCAACACCAUCCUCACACGGCUGCAGGCGCUCCUCCUCCUACACAGCCCAUGACAGCACCUCCUGGACCCCCACAGCAACAGGCGCAGAAGCCCCCACCACCGCCAGAUCUCAUGGACGAGCCUCUGGUCUUGUCCAUCCCGUCGCCGUCCAACGUGCCUGCGCCGCCGAUUCCGCCAAACCCAGAAAAGGACGCGCUCAUGCACCAGCUGGCCCAGACGCUCCACGCGAUGCGGCAGCGCGCCCGUGCGCAGGACGAGGCGUCGCUGCAGGGCCUGCAGGCACAGCGCACUGCCAUGCUGGCCGCCCUGGGGCAGGUGCAAGCCGAGACAUCGCAGAUGUCGCAACUGUCGUCGCUGCUGACGUCCAAUGCGGGCAUCCUGCGCGACGCCCUCCACCGCGCCGACGCCGCCGUCGCCGACGCGCAGUCGCACCGCAUCAAGCCGCCCGACGUUGACGAGCUCCUUGUCGCCCCAACCGUCGUCGCCAAUCAGCUCUAUGACCUCGUUGCCGAGGAGCGCGCCCUCGCCGACGCCAUCUUCGUUCUGGGACGUGCCGUCGAGCGCGGUCGCGUCUCGCCCGCCGUCUUUGCAAAGACCACCCGCAGCCUUGCCCGUGAGUGGUAUCUCAAGAAGGCUCUCGUGCGCAAGAUUGGUCGUGGCAUGGGUCUCAUCCAACAAUGAAUGGCCCGCCACUAGCCAGAAAUUUACCAGUGUCGUAACAUGUGGUGUGUGGUGUGGGGGGUCGACGGGAUGAGCCACCCACUCAGGUAGAUAGUUUCAGGACUACACAUGCUGUGUCAUAUCCAACACCUAGACCUCAUUCCGGGCUCUGUCAUAGUUGGGCUCUUGCGAAAAUCUCGUAUUCGUCUCUGUGUCUAUCGUUAUCUCGCCCAUGCCGAGCCUCGGCUGGGGGUAUUGAUGUGAAAGGAAUCGUCUAUCUACAUAAGCUGUGAUCUGCUGAUUCACUCCCUUGAAUAUGACGCUACAAGCAAGGGAUAAAGGAGAAUACAGCCGUCCCGGUUGCUCGCCUCCAUUCUAUCCAAUUACUACUACCACUGAAGCUGUUCUGUCUGCUCAGUCGAGCGAAAU